AUCAAACCACAGACGAUUUGACGGAGUGUGAUAUCUACGGCAACCUGUACUCGUACGUGUUUAGUAAGAGGUCGAUAAGACGGCAUCAAAAACCAUUUAUUUUGUACUCUUGAGACGUCGCCCCCCAGAACCAGAAUUCGCCCCAGCAUGGCCGGGCCUGGAGUAGCAGCUCCCAAACUUCGGUUCGUCCCGAAAAAGGAGCGCGAGCGUCAGGCUGCCGAAAAAGCUAAGAAAGAAGCAGACGAGCUGCAGCGAAAACAGGAAGAAGAGGCCCGUAAGAAAGCUGAGAACGAGCGGCAAUGGCUAGCCAAGGCCGAGGAGCAAUCUCGACAACGGGAGCUCGAACGGGCUCCCCAACGGGCUCCCGAACGCCCGUCGGAGCGCCGAGCAGGGCCUAAAGGCUCCUCAGGCGCAGGAAAACGCGAGCCGAGAAUGUCAGAGGAGGAAUUCGAGAGGCAACAGCUGCGCGAGCGGUACCUCGGACCCGAAGUCAACCGUCACUCGAAUUUUUCAGCAGCAAAAAAACGGAAGAGAGCGACCGAGUUCAAGUUCGACUGGGACGAGGCUGAAGACACGACCCUUCGAAACGAUCCCCUAGCCUCGACGGCGACAAACGGCAAAUCCAACUCCAACUCGUUGAACGGCAACGGCAGUGCCGACUACUUUAGCGAAGAAGCCGAAGAAGCUGCCAGGCGACGGGCGAGGAAGAUCCGAGAGCAAUACGGGGAGGAUGGACCCGAGCUGGCGCGGCAGUUCAUGGAUAAUUGGUAUGCGGCUCGCGACCAAGCCAGGGGGCGCGCCCAACGGUUCGGGUUCGGCAAGCGGUGGAAUGAGAAAACUCUUGAAGAGAUGCAGCCUCGUGACUGGCGCAUCUUCAAGGAAGACUUUGGCAUUGCCACAAAGGGCGGGUCCAUCCCGAACCCGAUGCGAAACUGGAAAGAGUCGGGACUGCCGAAGCGGUUGCUCGACGUUGUGGAAAAGGUGGGAUACGACGAACCCACGCCUAUUCAGAGGGCCGCCAUCCCCAUCGCUCUACAAGCAAGAGAUCUCAUUGGCGUCGCCGUCACGGGUUCCGGCAAAACUGCAGCCUUCCUUCUUCCGCUGCUUGUCUACAUCUCAGACCUACCGCCUCUUGGGGAGAUGAAUAGGAACGACGGUCCAUACGCCCUGAUCCUGGCGCCGACGAGAGAACUGGUGCAGCAAAUCGAAUCUGAGGCCAAGAAGUUUGCCACGCCGCUCGGCUUCAAGGUGGUCAGUAUCGUGGGCGGUCACUCGCUAGAAGAGCAAGCCUUCGCGCUCCGCAACGGGGCGGAAAUCGUCGUCGCCACGCCCGGUCGAUUGGUCGACUGUAUCGAACGGCGACUGCUCGUACUAUCACAGUGCUGCUACGUCAUCAUGGACGAAGCAGACCGCAUGAUUGACCUCGGCUUCGAGGAGCCGGUCAACAAGAUCCUCGACGCGCUGCCCGUCACCAACGAGAAACCGGACACGGACGAUGCCGAGAACGCGCAGCUGAUGAAGAGGUACCUCGGCGGGAGAGACAAAUACCGGCAGACGAUGAUGUACACGGCCACGAUGCCGAGCGUCGUGGAGAGAAUAGCGAAGAAGUAUCUACGACGGCCGGCUAUCGUGACCAUUGGCAACGUCGGCGAGGCGGUCGAGACGGUCGAGCAGCGGGUGGAGUUCAUUUCGGGCGAGGACAAGCGGAAGAAGAGGCUGCAGCAGAUCCUCGCGUCGGGCGAGUUCGCACCGCCGAUCAUCGUCUUUGUCAACAUCAAGCGCAACUGCGAUGCGGUGGCGCGCGAUGUCAAGCACACGGGGUGUUCCACCAUUACCCUGCACGGCAGCAAGACGCAGGAGCAGCGUGAGGCGGCUCUUGCGUCGGUGCGGAACGGACAAACGGACGUGCUGGUGGCGACGGACCUGGCCGGUCGUGGUAUCGACGUGCAGGACGUCUCGCUCGUGGUCAACUUCAACAUGGCCACGAACAUCGAGUCGUACACGCAUCGUGUCGGCCGAACUGGCCGUGCCGGCAAGUCGGGUGUGGCUAUUACGUUCCUAGGGCCCGAGGAUACGGAUCUGUACUACGACCUCAAGCAAAUGCUCACGAAGAGCACGAUUUCGAAGGUGCCAGAGGAGUUGCGCCGGCAUGAGGCAGCACAGCAGAAGCCACAGAAGGGCGGCUAUAGGAAGGAUAGGAAGCUAGAAUAGCCCCCCCGUAAUGCUGUAGGGACGACAUUUGUUUUGCCCUCAAUUGUACGGUUCAUUUACCUUGAAUAUGUUUCCUUUGCGUUUUCAUCCUCUUCCUCUUUUAUGUUUAUAUUCUUUCUUUUGGUUCUUUUCUCAUUUCAAUUCCAACAGCCUCUUGUCAGUGGUUCUGGCACGCACAGUGUGAAUAGGCCCU